UGUCAACAUGGAGGUGAAGAAUUUUGCGAUUUUGGAUUAUGUGGUAUUUGCAGCUCUCUUUGUCAUUUCUUCUGGAAUUGGAGUAUUCUUUGCCAUCAAAGAGAGAAAAAAGGCAACUUCUAGGGAGUUCUUGGUCGGGGGGAGACAAAUGAGCUGUGGCCCCGUGGCCUUGUCUCUAACUGCCAGCUUCAUGUCUGCUGUCACUAUCCUGGGGGCCCCCUCGGAGGUUUACCGUUUUGGGGCAUCAUUCGUGCUCUUCUUCAUUGCAUACACCUUCGUCAUCAUCUUCACAUCUGAACUCUUUCUUCCAGUGUUCUACAGAUCUGGUAUCACCAGUACUUAUGAGUACUUACAACUAAGAUUCAACAAACCAGUUCGCUAUGCAGCAACAGUCAUCUAUAUUGUGCAGACGAUUCUCUACACGGGAGUGGUGGUGUAUGCUCCUGCAUUAGCCCUCAAUCAAGUGACUGGGUUUGAUCUCUGGGGCUCUGUGUAUGCAACAGGAAUUGUCUGCACGUUCUACUGCACCUUGGGAGGAUUAAAAGCAGUGGUAUGGACGGAUGCAUUUCAGAUGGUUGUCAUGGUUGUGGGCUACUUAACAGUUCUCAUUCAAGGAUCAUCUCAUGCUGGUGGGUUACACAAUGUGUUCGAGACAGCAACGAAUGGAUCUCGACUGCACAUACUUGACUUUGAUGUAGAUCCUCUCAGAAGGCAUACCUUUUGGACAAUCUCAGUAGGGGGAACUUUCACAUGGCUCGGGAUCUAUGGAGUUAAUCAGUCAACAAUCCAACGAUGCAUUUCCUGCAAAACAGAAAAGCAUGCUAAGCUUGCACUGUACUUUAACUUGCUGGGUCUGUGGAUCAUCCUUAUAUGUGCUGUCUUCUCUGGAUUGAUCAUGUACUCUCACUUCAGAGACUGUGACCCUUGGACUUCCGGAAUUAUCUCAGCCCCAGACCAGCUGAUGCCUUACUUUGUCAUGGAAAUAUUUGCUACGAUGCCAGGGCUGCCAGGGCUCUUUGUGGCUUGUGCCUUCAGUGGAACUCUGAGCACCGUGGCGGCCAGCAUCAAUGCCUUGGCAACAGUGACCUUUGAAGAUUUCGUUAAGAGCUGUUUUCCCCGUCUUUCUGACAAGCUGAGCACCUGGAUCAGUAAAGGCUUAUGUCUCUUGUUUGGAGUGAUGUGCACCUCCAUGGCAGUUGCUGCAUCUCUCAUGGGUGGUGUCGUGCAGGCUGCCCUUAGCAUCCACGGCAUGUGUGGAGGACCUAUGCUUGGCUUGUUCACACUAGGGAUUGUAUUUCCUUUUGUGAACUGGAAGGGUGCAUUUGGAGGUCUUCUCACUGGAAUCACCUUGUCAUUUUGGGUGGCCAUCGGUGCUUUCAUUUACCCUGCACCAGAUUCCAAGACACGGCCCUUGCCUUUGUCAACGGACCAGUGUAUUCUGUCAAAUGUUACAGAAUCAUUUCCUCAAGUGCUGCCAAACAGACCUGCCAUAGCAGAUGCAUGGUAUUCAGUGUCUUACCUUUACUACAGUGCAGUGGGCUGCCUAGGAUGUAUUUUUGCUGGAAUGCUCAUCAGCUUCAUAACAGGUCGCCAGGAUGGCAAAGAUAUUCCACCAUUAUUAAUUAGACCAGUAUGCAAUUUAUUUUGCUUUUGGUCCAAGAAAUACACAACUCUAUGCUGGUGUGGAGUUCAGCAUGACACUGCGACAGACCAGGAAAACCUUGAGAAUGACAGUGCCUGGAAACAAGGAACUGAAUCCGUCUUACAUAAUGGACUCAGACAAGAAAGCCUAGCCAAUGUCCCUGGCUAUGAUCCCAAGGACAAAAGUUACACCAAUAUGGCUUUGGAAAAGAUUACUCACUUUUAAGGGAAUA